AUCAAGUUCAGUGAUAGGCACGGGACUGUCUAUCCUAGAGCACAGGGCCAAGGUUUCCUCAUAUAGAAGCAUUAGGAUUUAAGUUUCAGUGGCUACAACUCUACAAACCGCUCUCUCCUUUCCUCUCUCUACAGCCAAGACACAAUGAAUGUUUACCAAACACCAGAGAAGGAGAUCAUCUCAGGGCUGUCUUACAGGAAGAGAAGUGAUAGUGUUAAAUGGAAUUGUGAUUCUAAUGCCACCAUGGAGAUGAAUCCAGAGGGCCUACCUUCCCUGGACUACAGGGAAGAGGACCCCCCUCCCAACAAACACCUCAAGUACCACACCAGCCUGCAGAACAUGAUCCCAUUCCGCUUCUCAAACAAGUCCAACCCCAUGGACGAUGCGGGCUUCUUCUCCUUCACCUCGUUUGCCUGGAUGACUCCCAUGAUGUGGAGCCUGUUCAGGAACCGACUGGACAAGAGCUCCCUGUCUCUGUCUUCUCAUGAUGGGGCCGAAACCAAUGGGAAGAGGUUUGAGAGGCUUUGGGAGGAAGAGGUAGCUAAGGUGGGACUAGAGAAAGCUUCUCUAGGUGGAGUCUUCAUGCGCUUCCAAAGGACCCGAUUACUGGUGGCCUUCCUCGUCUCCAUCCUCUUCACGCUCUCUGUGUUUAUCGGACCGGCGGUUCUGGUAUAUGAGAUCCUGAACUAUGCAGAAGCCCCUGGGACGUCUACUCUGCUCCACGGUGUGGGUCUGUGUGUGGCUCUGUUCACCUCAGAGUUCUCUAAGGCCUUCUUCGUCUCUCUACUGUGGGCUGUUAACCUGAGGACGGCCAUCAGGGUGAAGAGUGCCUUCUCUGUCGUCGCCUUCCAGAAGAUCAUCUCUCUCAGAUCCGUCAGCAACCUCUCUGUGGGAGAGAUGAUCAACGUGCUGACUAGUGAUGGCUACAGGAUGUUUGAGGCUGUGCUGUUUGGUACCUUCCUGCUGUGUAUCCCUGUGCUACUGACCGCCUGUAUGAUCUACGCCUGCUACACUCUAGGAUACACUGCCCUCAUAGGAGUCUCUGUCUACCUCGUAUUCAUCCCCAUACAGUUUUCCAUGGCCAGACUGAUCCAAGUGUUCAGGAGGAAAGCGGUGAGCGUCACAGACACUCGUGUCCGCACCAUGAACGAGGUUCUCACCUGCAUCAAACUCAUCAAGAUGUAUGCCUGGGAAACCUCCUUCGAGAAGAAAAUCACCGACAUCAGGAAGAAUGAGAAGCAGCUGCUGGAGAUGGCUGGCUACAUCCAGAGUAUCAACUCCUCCAUCACAACCAUCAUCCCCACCCUGGCAACCAUCCUCACCUUCGUAGUCCACACCCUGAUGGGCCUGCCCCUAAGCUCCUCGGAAGCUUUUACCACAAUCGCCAUCUUUAACUCCAUGCGAUUCUCCCUGGGUUUGCUGCCGUUCUCUGUCAAAGCCUUAGCCGAGGGACUGGUAUCGCUAGCCCGGCUAAAGAAACUGCUGAUGACACAGAACCCAGACUCGUACCUGGUCCAGAGACAUGGGUCCUCCUCGGCCCUGGUCAUGGAGAAGGCAACAUUCACCUGGGCCAGGCCUGAAGGACAGACAACCACUACGGCACCAGGCACCACAGCCUCUCUGAACGGAGGGAAGGUGGAACCACAGGGCCAGAAUGGGACUCACACACCGGGCAAGACCGAGGCCAAGCCCACCCUGAGAAACAUCUCCUUCAACCUGCCUAAGGGAAACCUGCUUGGUAUCUGUGGCAACGUGGGAAGUGGGAAGACAUCGCUGAUAUCGAGCAUCUUAGAACAGAUGCACCUGCAGCAUGGUUCAGUCACAGCAGACGGAGACUUUGCCUACGUUUCCCAGCAGGCCUGGAUCUUCCACGGUACGGUCCAAGACAAUAUCUUGAUGGGGGAACCCUUCAACCAGACCAGGUAUGACAAAGUCAUCAGUGCCUGUAGCCUGAUACCAGAUCUGGCUAUUCUUCCCUAUGGCGAUAAAACUGAGAUAGGUGAGCGAGGCCUGAACCUGUCUGGGGGUCAGAAGCAGAGGAUCAGUCUGGCCAGAGCGGUCUACUCCAACAAAGAUAUCAUCCUGCUGGACGACCCUCUGUCUGCGGUGGACGCCCACGUAGGGAAACACAUCUUUGAGGAGUGUAUCAAGAAGACCCUGAAGGGGAAGAGUAUUAUCCUGGUCACCCAUCAACUACAGUAUCUGGAGUUCUGUGAUGAGAUACUGGUGUUGGAGAGUGGAAAGAUAAAGGAGGCAGGGACACACAAAGCUCUGAUGAAAGCUAAAGGCCGGUACGCACAGAUGAUCAACAACUUCCAGAUGCAGGAACAACCUAUGGAGCAGCCGACACAACCAGACCCCAUCGACACGAAGGAGAAGAACCUGGAUGAUCACAAGGGAAAAGGACUAGCUAACCCAGCUUUUGACAUGUCUGAUGAGAAACCGGACGAGUCGGGAGGAAGUCGAGCGGUAUCACAUGACGUCACCGAGUCUAAGGACCAACUGGUGACUCAGGAGGGUUCUCAGGAGGGUUCUGUUGCCUGGAGGACCUACCACCAGUACUGUAAAGCUGCAGGAGGGUACAUACUGCUGUCUCUCAUCAUCAUCAUCUUCAUCUGCUUGGUGGGGACCACUGCCUUCAGCAACUGGUGGCUCAGCUACUGGCUGGAGCAGGGAUCAGGGACAGCGAUUGUGUCGAAUUCCACCGCAGGGAACAUCUCCCUGAACCCUGACCUGAGCUUCUACCAGAUGAUUUACGGCCUGGUGGUGGUGGCCAUGCUGGUCUUCAGCUUCAUCAAGGGCUACUCUUUCACCAAAGUCACGUUGCACGCAUCCUCCAAGCUACACGACACCAUGUUCAGAAACAUCCUGAACAGCCCCAUGAGUUUCUUUGACACCACCCCAACAGGACGUAUGGUGAACCGAUUUUCCAAGGACCAGGAUGAGGUGGAUACCAUGCUGCCCUUCAACAUGGAGAACUUCCUGCAGUUCUGCCUGAUGGUCACCUACACCAUCGUCACCAUCUCAGCCGUGUUCCCUCCCCUACUCAUCGCCAUCACGCUGCUGGGAGCCAUCUUCACACUCAUACUCUAUAUAUUCCAGAGGAGCAUCAGAGAGAUGAAGAGGAUGGAGAACGUGAGUCGUUCCCCCUGGAUCUCCCUGACCACCUCCACCAUCCAGGGCCUCACUACCAUCCACGCCUACAACAAGAGAGAGCAGUACAUCCAGCAAUUUAAGGAGAUGAGCGACAACAACUCCAACCACUUCCUGUUGUUUAACUGUGGGACACGCUGGCUGUCCUUCUGGCUGGACUUUCUGUCUGCCUCAGUCACUCUGCUGGUGGCUCUGUUCGUGGUGCUCAGUUCUCCUGAUACCAUCAGCCCUGCUAUGAAGGGCCUGGCUCUGUCAUACACCAUACAGUUGACAGGUAUGCUCCAGUACGUUGUAAGGCUGUCUACAGAGCUGGAGGCCAAGUUCCUGUCAGUGGAGAGACUACAGGAGUACAUCGAGGGUUGUGUGUCUGAGGCGCCCAGGAGAGUUAAAGACGCCCUCAUCCCAGAGGGUUGGCCUCAUAAAGGGGCCAUCUCCUUUAAGGACUACACGAUGAGGUACAGAGCGAACACCCCCAUCGUGCUCGACGGACUCCAGCUCAACAUCCAGCCCAGGGAGAAGCUGGGCAUCGUGGGGAGGACAGGCUCCGGGAAGUCUUCUUUAGGAGUGGCCCUGUUCCGCCUGGUGGAACCAGCUGCAGGGACUAUCUUCAUAGAUGGGGUGGACACCAGCGCUAUCGGCCUGGAGGACCUCCGCAGUAAACUAUCAGUCAUCCCCCAGGACCCUGUCCUAUUCAUCGGCACAGUCAGGUAUAAUCUGGAUCCUUUCAACAACUAUAGUGAUGAGGACAUCUGGUCUGCUCUGGAUAAGACCUUCAUGAAACACACAAUCUCCAGUCUCCCUGAGAAGCUGCAGUCGGAGGUAGUGGAAAAUGGAGAGAACUUCUCUGUAGGAGAGAGACAGCUGAUGUGUAUGGCCAGAGCACUGCUACGAAACUCCAAGAUCAUCUUGUUGGACGAGGCGACGGCGUCGAUCGACUCAGAGACGGACUCUCUGAUCCAGCACACCAUCAGAGACGCGUUCCAGGACUGUACCAUGCUCACUAUCGCUCACCGCAUUAACACUGUCCUGGAGUCAGAUCGUAUACUGGUCAUGGACGCCGGAAGGGUGGUUGAGUGUGACAGUCCAGAGGUCCUGAUGCAGAGACCAGAUUCUCAGUUUGCAGCUCUCCUGACUGCAGCCAACACCGUCAACACAUGAGCCUGGACACACCCCCAUAUGUAGUCUGGACACACCCCCAUCUGUAGUCUGGACACACCCCCAUCUGUAGUCUGGACACACCCCCAUGAGUCUGGCCCAGGUCUGGACACACCCCCAUCAGCAGUCUGGACACACCCCCAUGAGUCUGGCCCAGGUCUGGACACACCUCCAUCUGCAGUCUGAACACACCUCGAUCUGCAGUCUAGUCACCCGCCCAUGAGUCUGGACACACCUCAAUCUGUAGUCUGGUCACACCCCCAUGAGUCUGGACACACCUCCAUCUGAGGUCUGGUCACACCUCCAUCUGAAGUCUGGACACACCUCCAUCUGUAGUCUGGUCACACCUCCAUCUGCAGUCUGGUCACACCUCCAUCUGUAGUCUGGACA